GUCAAGUCAAAAUUCCAGUGGGUUGGGUAGGUGUUUAAUGGUCAUUUUAUUACUUUCAAUUGUUGUUAAUUAACAAGUUUUUAAUUAAAUCAAAAUUUCAAUCAUCGUUUUAUUUCUAUAUUAGCAAAUACUGUUAUUAUAUAAAUUAGUUAAAAUGAGUAAAAAGUGUGGAAGGUGUGAAAAGACGGUUUAUCCUACCGAAGAAGUGAAGUGCUUGGACAAGGUUUGGCACAAGUUGUGCUUCAAAUGCAAGGACUGCGGCAUGGCUUUAAACAUGAGGAACUAUAAGGGUUUCAACAAGGAGCCUUAUUGCGAAGCUCACAUUCCCAAAGCAAAGGCAACCACAAUGGCUGAAACUCCCGAAUUGAAAAGAAUCGCCGAGAACACCAAGCUCCAAUCUAACAUAAAGUACCACGAGGACUUUGAGAAAAGCAAAGGGAAAUUCACACAAGUGGCUGACGAUCCCGAAACGCUGAGGAUCAAGCAAAACACGAAAAUAAUCAGCAAUGUCGUGUAUCACGGGGAUCUCAGGAAAAAGGCCGAAAUGGAACAGAAACGACAAAUAAACGAAAACUCCAACGGUUUUAAAGAUCCGGACAUUAAAAACGCCAAUCAUUUACCGCCCCAACAAGCCCCGACUCAACCACAACCUCAACCGGUCUACAACCCGCCACCCCAGAUUACCCAACCGGCCCAAUCGGCUGUGGGCCAUUCGAAUCACGUCAGCAAACUGACGGAAUACGAACAGCCCCAAGGCAACACGGGCAAUUUCCAAAGCCCCUACUCGUCGAGGAAUUACCAAACUUUGAUCUACUCCUCUGACGGCGGUACCGUUCAAAACCCACCGCAACGUCACAUAGGUUCGGUGCACGAUAUGGAUCCCAUAAACCACAAUUACGGGUCGUUGGGGCGAGUCUAUCGCGCCAUGUACGAUUACGCGGCCCAGGACGAUGACGAGGUGAGUUUUCUCGAUGGGGAUUUGAUUAUAAACGUGCAGAGCAUCGAUAGCGGUUGGAUGACGGGCCAGGUGCAACGUACGGGCCAAGUGGGCAUGUUGCCCGCGAAUUACGUGCAAUUGGCGAAUAUUUAAAGCUGAUAAGGGAAUAGUUACGUGCACGGUACUAUAGGCUAAUCAAUUUUUUUU